AUGUUUAAAAAAUCAGAUAAAAAGGGUAAAAAUAUAUCUGGUAAGCAUCCUUCUCUCCCUGUACCCGGAUCAUCAAAAGAUCCUGGUUUUACAGGUGCAAAUGAAAAUGAUCCAAAGGAACCACCAAAACGCUCUUGGAAACGUUGUUGCAAUUAUAUCUACGAUAGAGAAAAAAAUAUAUUUUGUGGCAGAACUUUUAAAAGUUGGUUUUAUAUUAUUAUAUACUCAGUUAUGUAUUUGAUGUUCUUGAGUACAUAUACGUUAAUAUUUCUCUAUGGUUCACUAGCAGUGAUAAAAUAUAUGGACGAUUUCGAAUCUAUUGAAAAGAUCGAACUUUUAACGUAUUCCAGCAACGGUGUAGGUCUGUCGGCCACACCAACUGCUUUAAAUGAACUACCUAUUAUCUGGUAUAGAAAUGAUCCUAAAGACUAUCAGAAAUACGUGAAUGCUUUGGAAACAUUACUUACGAAAAGAAGAAAAAGAGAAGUGAGCAAUUUUACUGAACUUGGGCCUUGCAGUUCAUCUCCAUUUGGGUAUGGAAGUGAUCCCUGUGUAAUUAUAAGAAUAAAUAAACAGCUUAAUUGGUCUGCAAAGCCUUUAAACCGGAAUAUGACAGAAAAUAUGAAUUUACCAUUACAAGUGCAAAAUUAUUUAAAAUUAAAAAAACAAAAACUUUGGUUACAUUGUGAUGGUUUCCAUUCUUAUGACAAAGAACAUAUUGGGAGCAUCAAGUAUUACCCGGACCCUCCAGGAUUUGAUCCCGAGAUAUUUCCUUUAAACAAAGAUGCUCAAUCACCCUUGAUAGCGGUUCAGAUUUCGAAUUUCACUUUAGGGUUGUCUUUAUUUAUCGAAUGCGCAGUUUUGAGGGAUGAAGAGGUUUUGGACCUCUUGCAAAAUAGAUAUGCUCUU